GGGCACUCACAAAGGUGGGAUGAUAUUGCGUAUAAAUAUCAGUACUUUUGCUGUUGGUAUUACGUCUUUAAAGUUGCGGAAGACUUAAACGUCUCCAUUAUCUUGACGUCAUGGAUGUUUCUUUGGUACUAGCUUUUGCUGUUAUUGGAUUUGCUCUUGCAGCAGAGCCAAUUGUAAACUGCCCAGCUCCAAGAUCUCCAGAACAUGGCCAAGCAUUCCUUUACCAAGAUGGAAGCAUCGUGAAAUAUGUAUGUGAGCCAGGUUACGUACUUUUAGGAAGAGAACUUGUUCGUUGCCUUGAUGGUCAAUGGGAGGAUCCUUUACCUAUGUGCGUGGAAACAGAUAAGAGCUCUGAUCAAGCAGGAGAAGAUUUGAGUGGUAAAAAUGCUUUGCCUCCAGUUUUCCCAACGAGACCUUUGUUUAGCUGGGGAAGUGACUCUGAAAAUAAAGAUUCAGAUACUGAGAAGAAUUCGACCGCAGAAGAAAUGCCAAUGAGUGACGAAGCUCGUAUGCGUAUGGUGAUUUAUCCUCGUCGCAGAGGGCGAGUUAUUACUCGCUACAGAACAGCUCGAUUGCACAGCGCAACGGAGUUGGAAGAAGAAGAAAAGAAACGUUCCCAAAGAGAAGAGAAAAAGACUUCAACAACAAUACAUUUAGAAUCACCACCGUCCGUUGUGUAUGUGAGGCGAACUGUUUCUCCAGGUAAAAUAACGAAACAAGAGCAAGCCCUUAAUCAACAAUAUCGCACUGCUGCUGUGCAUAUGAGAGUGGACAACACUGACAAUGGUGAUCACCUACAGAUCGUUGCUUUGCCUAGGGCUGCUGUAUCUCAGGAUGAUAAAGGUCACCAAGCUGAAGAAACUUUAAGGCACAUGUACUACUUAGCUAAUUACAAUUACCCUAGACAAGCGUCUCUGGUUGAAUAUCGAAGUGGCACUCCUGUCGUAAUGACUUUAAGUGAGUCUCAGAUUAAUUGGAUCAACAGCCUGCACCCAGAUCUUCGUGACCAGUACUUGAAAGACCUUUACGUGAUGCGCGCUGAAGAAGCAGUAGAAGGAGCAAGAGCUCAAGCUUUCUUGAGGCGAUAUGACGACACUUACAACUUGUAUUACGCACCAGUUCAUCUUAGACAGCCAGUGUCCCUGGUUCUGCAAGACCCAGUUCGCACUUACGACUACUCAUGCAACCAGGCUCAUUCAAGUUUUGUAAGAGCUCCAAAACUUCCUAAUGCGCACGUUGCCCGAUAUGAUAGACGACAAAAUCCUAAUCCUCCUAACAAUCAUUACUUAUCUGCCGUUUAUCGUUGCGAUCCUGAAUUCACCAUGUUGGAUCCUAGAUUCACCGAACUUUAUUGCAGUCGAGGACAAUGGGUAGGACAUGAGCCAAUAUGUGUGCCCAGAGCUUAAAGUAUAUAUCCUGACUGGAAAGAUGACAGGAAAUUGAAGCGCACAUUUUAUAUAUCUUUAUGCUUUGCUUAUGUAGUAUAGCAUUGAAUCGUCGACCAUAAGGAGAUUUUGUCUUUUCAUUUUGUGUGUUUCUUGCUUCGAAACAAUUUUUUAAUAAUUUUUUACGCUUCUGUUUUGAAUAAUUAAUGAAAUAUAUAUUACUGCAGUUUCCAAAUUGCUUUAUACAUUAAGAUUUUGCUUGAAAUAUUGCAAAUUAUUGAAAAUAAUUAAAAGAUUGUUUAUCAAACCUUAUUAAAAAACUCGUUAAUCUAGUAUAAAAGAUUUUUCUUAAAAAAUUUGCGGUCAAAUGAUAUGAACAUUUUACUUUUUCUCCUAUAGGCAAUAUAAUCGCGAAAAUUUGUAAAAUAUGUAAUGUAAAUAAAUUGGACGAAAAAAAUAUAUAAACACAAAUCUGAGCUUAUGUAUAUAAUUGGAUAUCUAUGUAAAUAUGUAAUUAUUUUUAUUAAAUUUCAUCACUGACUUAUUUUUCAGGAUCAGUAAUGGAUGUAUUAUUGUACAAAAAACUAAAUAUAUCUUAAGAGUUUCAGUAUCCCAUAACUUUGUAUUUUGUACAUAAAUCGCAUGUAUUUGUAAAAAAAAUGUGUUUGCUUCUUAUGUAAAAUAAAAGUUUUUUGUUUGAA